GAAGAAGCUGCCGUACAACAUGGAUACGGUCUUGCGGCAGGUACUGCCGCCCACAAGGUACCUAAUUCAUUCCCAAUCUAGACAACAAACUCGAGACAUCACAUUCUAGGCAUCACAAGUAGGACUAGGUCGCGCAGCAUUACUUAGCGCGAACCUCGUGAGGGCCGGAAUGGGCUAACCACCUCUGUGGUCCCAUUUUUGUUCUCCCGUGGCCAGCCCUUGCCUACAAAAAUGGACGACACCGGGGGAGCACAGGAGACGCGCAGCCGAUGCCCCCGCCGAUGUCGGUGCGCAAUCAAUCUGGAGAGGGAGGCGAAGAUGGCGCGCGCAUGCUAGAGAAGCACGCGCGGCUUGUUACUCAUCUUAUUUUAUGUUCACACACUAGCAAGGCACAUCCUGACGUCUAUGACGCGAAUAUAUAUAAUUUAGCGGGCUCGUGGCCCCUCUCUCCGGCGACGCAGUGGCCCGCCACUGCCCGCUAGCGACCUCUGUUGGGGAGGGUUCGGGACUUGUUGCAGCUUCUGUUGCACCCGGCGCUGCGACCUCUCGUUGCAGUGCUGGAGCACGGUUCGACCCACGUCUGUGGGCGGACAAGUGCGACGCCCGUAGCCACCUCUGUGGCGCGGACGUCGCGGCGCGGUCCCUGCUGCACGCCUCGCUGCUGUAUCUAGUAGUACACAAGACGCUGCGAAGCAGCGCAGAUACGCCUUUACUGAUACAGAGCCGGAGUUCAGCACCAGUAUGAAGGGUGUGACCUUUUGAGAACAUACGAAGUAAAAAAGCUGGCAGCCGUCGAGGGGCGCCAGCGCUUUGGGGAUUUGGGAAGAAGUUUGUGUUCGCGCCACGACAUAGCAAAUUCUACCCAAAUCACAUCAUGGAUCAGGUACCAACAGGGCGGAAGGGGCAAGGGCAUGAAGAAGCUGCCGUACAACAUGGAUACGGUCUUGCGGCAGAUGGGGGAGGAGCAUAAGAUUUAAUCCUCUGAAAAAUGCAUUCCUGUCGGCAUCUGUGCAAAAGGUAGUGUCUCGGAUUCCCGAAGCGCUUGAAAGUACGCACGGGUGGCACUUCAAUGUUGCGGUUGUUUUCGGACCUCCGGGACCUUGGCUUCAAGAAAUCCCCGGCCCUGGUGGUCCGUAGCUUCGAGUGCUUAGACGCCAAUUUCUCAGCGGGCAUGGUACUCACGCCGUCGCCCGACCGGGUGCGAGGGUGUUUCUGCAGGGGUUGUUGCAGGCCAAUUUGCAAUGUUUUUUGUGGCGCGUCUCGGACGGCUGACCGCAAGACACCUCAACCGGCCUGAGUCUAGCGCUGUGGCCGGCAUUGCUGGCCUUCGCGGUUAGGCGCCAGAAUUAGAGCGCAUCACGCUGGGCUGUGUUUUACCCUGGCCCCGGUUUUUCUCUUACGCUUGGUUUCAGUGUGUUUUGCCCCAGUGCCUCUCUGACAUUCUCCGCCCGGCCCUCUUUCUGGGGGCGGCGCUUUCAUUCUGCUUGGAGCCUCACGCGCCGUUUGAGUGCGGCGAGCCCCGAUGCGUUGACGGCCAGCCAAAGGUCUUGGAUUUGCAUCCGAGCAACCAUGAGGGCAAGUGCCGGCCUCCCGGGAAAUAGCCUCUGCGGGUAGUCCUUGGGGGUUCAAGAAUGGGGUAUCCGACAUUUUGCUCCGAUGCAUUUUUCUCCAUCGUGAUUCGCUUCAGAAAAAAACGCAUCGGAGCAGUUUUUGUCGAGGUUCUUGUUAGAUGUAUUACUCAACAUUGGAUCUCGUCCAAUCUGCUCCGAUGGAGACAGCGAUGCGUUUUUCGGAUCGAAGCCCUGGGCCUUGAGUGCCUUUGGACCCACCGCUAACGAACCUGAAGAGGUCCAUCAGGGCAACUCACGCGAGCCAGCUUGGCGGGCACUCAAAGUCCAAGGCUUUGACUUGCGCUCCAGCUGGCGGGUCGCCAGAUGGUAAGCAAAGCCGUGCCUCUGGCGACAUUUGUUUGCUUGCUUCUUUUGUGGCUCCGAAGAUUGCGAAGAUGCCCCCUCAGCAAGUUUGCGAAUUUUGAAAGCCACGCAGAAGAGUAGGCUGCUCACCCUUUCCGCGGCUGUCGAAAUUUGAAAAGAUGCGCUAGUAGUAUCUUUUCAAAUUUUCCAAGCCUACGCCGCCUGUCCUCGUUUUACUGGGUGCGCGCCAAGUCCUGAACCGCUAGGGGUUUGGGAAGCUGCGCAGAAGAUGUGGCGGGCGUUGUUUGCGAAUCAGGCUCAAGCCAGGCCGGGGCUGAUAAGAGGGGAGGCGCAGCCUUUCGCUCGUCUGCGCCUUGUCGAGGGUAAAUUGGCCGGGGGCAUUUUCCGCGUUUGUCGCUAUUGCGGGUGCCUUUCCUUACCUGCGCAAGCAGAGGCGCGCUCAGGGUCCAUGGCCUCAUAUGAUUGGGAGGCUCGUUUGGGUGGCUUUUCUCUUUGGGGUGUUUGGCUUGCGUUUCUGCCCCGGGCCUCGGGGCAGAAAUAGGGCAGCCCGGCUUGACGCGUUUGCAAAGGCGGACGCGCAGCCGCCAUCGAAGAGGCGCUACGCGAUAAUCGGCGAGGGCGCCGAGCAAUCAACUGGGCAAAAUUUGAAAAGAUGGGCGAAAAGGUGGAUAUUUUAGGGCCUUCACAUGAAGAAGCUGCCGUACAACAUGGAUACGGUCUUGCGGCAGAUUAUGGAAGCGUCAGGUUUGAAAUCGUCAAAGUUGAAAAAAUCUGUAAUGCAUAAAAUGCAUGACCCGAGGUACGUGUGUUGCAGAGCAGGCAAGUGAGGCCGAUUGUAAGCCUGUUUGGGGUUACAGCUCGAGCUGCUAAAGGAGCAUGGGAAAAUCGCUCUUCUUUGCCUAAACAGCGUGACAAACUGGAUUUAGGGACCACCGAAAUUUGUCAUGCGCCACUUGGAAACUGGGUUCCAACUGGCAUCCAUUUUAUGCAUGACAAAUUAUUUCAACUUUGUCGAUUUCAACUCUGACACACCCAUACAGAUGGGGGAGGAGCAUAAGAUUACGAAGCGCGAUGCGGAUAAUUCCGGUGGGUCGGGUAUGAAAAAGAAGGGCAUCAACAUGGAGAAGCUCAGAGAUGAUGGUGGCGCAACUAUUUCUUGCGCGGAGACGAAGAACGCAAAUCCCGAUGACCACCACGGCCUCGUCUCCCGUGCUUCCGCAGGACCACGUCCUGGCAACGUUUGCACGACGUCUUCUCUCGUCGUGCCCAGCAAUGUCGCGGCGCAUGUGGCCGCCGCUUGGUUCGACAGCCCAAACAAGAGUCAGGCUGUGCUGAAACACAGAAGUCGUGGGCACGAGGACAGUCAUUGUCGGCAGCAAAACUUUGACGCUGCUGUGGUCGACCCGGGGGCGGGAACACCACGACUAGUAGCGGGGACCUGGGCCGCGGGCAGGAGGCCCGGGACACCUGGACGAGAUGGGCGACAUCUCGCUCGAACCGGUGACAAUGCAGAUCGGCAUUCAUUUCCGCACAGGAGUUGGACUCGAAGAAGUCCGCCCUCUGAGGAAAUGAAGCGCAGGGGUGCAGCGCCGGUAGAACGAUCAUGUGCGACUGGUCCUGUGCAGCCGCCCAGUUUCGCCGAAAGCGGGGACGAGGCCGUGUUCUUCAACGCCGACGGGACGACCAGUGGGUACGUAUUCGAUCCCGUAGUUGGGCGGAAGACGUUCCAAAUCCCGACGUGUGCUCCUGGGGGUCCGAUUCGCCAUGCGGCUGGAGGUAAUUGUAGUUCCUUUCCAGGAACUACAGGAGGUGGUCAGCCGCAGAGCCACACGAGCGAGAGGGCGUCGGUACCGGAAUUUCUUCUGACGUCCAUCGAUGAAGAGCAGCUGAAGCAGCUGUCUGGACGGGCCGGGAGUCCCAGUUUUGAAGAAGAAGGCUUCUGGAGCGGGCCGGGGGCUUAUCAAAGUGCACAGCAAAAGUAUCUGGGUGCGGAGGUAGAGAGGUUUUCGUCCUCUUCUCACGCAAGUAGCAGCUCUGCAUGCAGUUCGGUGCCGGCGGAGGAAGGCGAGGACUAUAAGGUUCAAAGGAGCGCGCACAGUAACCAGAAAGAUUGCGAUUUGGUUUUUUCGUCAGUAAGGAUGAAAAGCAGUGCGGACACCGGCGAAAACGAGAAAGCAGGUCAGUUAGUCCUCAAACAGUUCUCGUAUCCGCCGCAGCUGCAGUCGUUUCCCAGGGACGACCGGAAACAGUUCGAAUUCAAUGCGCCCAGCACUGAGGACGCGGGUGAAAAUGAAAAUCAAGAUAUUCCAGCGGCGGGUGAAAAUAAAUCAGAGUGUCUUCUUUCUGCGUUGGAAGCUGCUCCGAAUAAUUUGAGCAAGAAGUGCGGCACUGGGGAAUAUGAUCUCGUCGUGAAAAGCAGGACAACAGGACCUAGACCUUCACUGGAGAAGACGUCCAACGUCAAUGUCGAUAAGGAAAAUGUGAAUCCGAACGUGCAAGUAGGAGUGUUUGCUUCAUCUUCUGCGUCGACUACCAGACCACAUCUUCACGAGAAUAGUAGUACUAGCCAUUUUGGUUUCGCCGCGAUCACCAACCCUCCUGCACGUCCUGACCCAUCCGUCCACCGACAACAAGUCGGAAAGCAUGGCGGGCGACAACGAACGGCGGAAACCCUGACUAGCUUUUUGCCGCUGCACAAAACCGCGUCCGCGUCGGCGCUGGGAACGAGCAGUUCCAGUGCCACUAGCGGCGGCGUUUUUAAGCAGCAGAGCGCGGGGGCGAGCGAGGGCCCCCGCCCGAAGUUUCUGCCCGAGGUGGUGCGCACGAGCAGUUGGCCGAUGAAGCAAGGGUAUUUGCUUUUGCCCGAAGUAGUUCGGACAACGAGUUUAUCAAGUGCAAAGAUGUCGGGGUCUGGAAAAGCGCAAUGUUUAUUGUCGUGCGCUUUUUUUUUAGCUGACCCGAUGCAUCACAGAUUCUGUGACGAGGGUUUCCUGAUGUUUCCUGUAGUACCGCAUGAGGAAGAACGCCCCUCCCGCAUAGCAAAAACUGGACCAAAACUAAUCCUGAAUUGCUAGCGCGAUCUGUUCAGCAAUACAGGUUUUUUUGUACUAGCAUCCACCUAGUAAGUAGCAUCGCAAGUUGCACCCUUCCUGACCCACACAUAUUCGCAAUGCAUAGAGUUGGCAAUCGCCGGAGGCAGUCGCUGCUCCGGUGAGUUCCACGAUUCCCCGGAGCAUCACGAGCAGCGGCCCCCUGAGCAGUGACAAAGACUGCUCAAGUGAUCCUUUGCAGGCGGAUGACCCGAAGAUGUUGCUGAUGGAUCCCCUUGGGAUGGACGAAAAAGGAAGUAUGUUGAAAUCUUUAUCUUCCACGUUGAGGACCACCCCCUUGCGCAGUCAGGAAGAACAUCGACGAGAGGCGAAAUCCGGGGGUGAAAUGCAUCGUCAACAAAAGGACCACAGUUCCAAACCUCGCGCAAAUUAUCCUUGCAAGCCAAGCGUCGAUGAGAGCACACAAAGAAGAGUCAGCGGCAAACUCAUUGACGAGGGUACUAGCGAUCUUCCCGCGGUGAGCCGCACUGUGACACCGAUUUGUCGACAGAUGACCGGACAGAUGACCGCUGAGAGCAGCACCGCAGGAGGCCAGGACUUGAGCAGCUUCUUCAGUUGCGGGAAUUAUGUCUUGGGCGAAGUUGCAAAUUCGAAUCACCACCUCCAACUUCGCGAAAACAAUGGGAACUUCAAUGAUAAUCCAUUCGGAAUAAAGUCGUUAAAUGAGCAGCAUCUUCGAAGCACUGGUCAAGGGAAGUCCGCACCCGCGUUGUGUCGGAAGACUCGAGGAGAAUCGCAGUCGAAAGUCCAACACAUUAUUCAAGACGCGAUGCGUAGCAUCGAGGAUGAAACGGAAGAAGCAGAGAACUUAAUCUCAUUUUUUCCCUCCUCGUCCUCGCGCACGAAAGAAGCAGCUCUGGAGAAACCGCAGCAGGAGCGCACGGGUUUGACAGCGUUUGAGCAAAACGAAGAUUUUGCCCUAGUACCAACAAGCGGGAUGAACUUCCCAACGUCUUCUAUCAGGUGCAGGGACCACCGCGGGUCGGCGAACGACCCUGGGACGAGGGGGAAUGGACAGGAAGAAAGUGGGUCGUCGCGUUCGCGGCCAGGAUUUUUGUUGAAGAAAACUGUGAGCACCACGGAGUCGAAAAUGAAACAGCACUGAAACUGAGAAAGAACUGAAUUUUGCGAUGAAUAUGAAACACGAAGAACCACGAAUGUUCGGCGAUGAAGAAAAAAAUUGUCUUGAUUCGAGAGGAUGGACCUCUUACAGGCAGAGUACUAGAAGAGUGAAUAUUCAAUACAGCAGCCAAAGAAAAAGAAGAACGAAACUGAACUGAGUUUGAAAAAAAAAAAAUAUAUAGGCC